CAUAAAAGUGGUGAGCGGAAAAGGCUCGGUGGUAGUGUGAGACGGUAGCUGCGGAGCGGUUGUUCUCUGGCAUCUCCCACAAAGAGGCAAAACGACAACAAUGAGGGAAAUUCUGCACAUCCAGGCUGGACAAUGCGGGAACCAGAUCGGAGCCAAGUUUUGGGAAGUGAUCAGUGAUGAACACGGAAUUGAUCCUUCUGGAAGCGCUUGCGGAGGGAGUGACAUACACCUAGAAAGGAUCAAUGUAUACUACAAUGAAGCAGCUGGUGACAAAUAUGUUCCCCGUGCAAUUCUGGUGGACUUGGAACCUGGUACCAUGGAUUCCGUCAGAUCUGGUCCAUAUGGACAAAUAUUUAGACCAGAUAACUUUGUAUUUGGUCAAAGUGGAGCUGGAAAUAACUGGGCCAAGGGUCACUACACAGAAGGAGCUGAACUGGUAGAUGCAGUACUUGAUGCUGUAAGGAAGGAGUCUGAGAGCUGUGACUGUUUACAAGGAUUCCAACUCACUCACUCUCUGGGUGGUGGUACUGGCUCUGGAAUGGGCACCCUCCUCAUCAGCAAGAUCCGUGAGGAAUAUCCUGACCGUAUCAUGAAUACCUUCAGUGUCAUGCCCUCACCUAAAGUUUCAGACACAGUAGUGGAACCAUACAAUGCAACUCUCUCUGUGCACCAACUGGUAGAGAAUACCGACGAGACCUACUGCAUUGACAAUGAAGCCCUUUAUGAUAUCUGCUUUCGUACCAUGAAGUUGACCACUCCCACUUAUGGAGAUCUCAAUCACUUGGUUUCUGCCACCAUGAGUGGAGUCACCACCUGCCUUCGCUUCCCCGGACAACUCAAUGCUGACCUUCGCAAGCUUGCAGUUAAUAUGGUGCCCUUCCCUCGGUUACAUUUCUUUAUGCCAGGCUUCGCCCCACUUACCAGCCGUGGUAGCCAGAAUUAUAGAGCACUGACAGUGCCGGAGCUUACUCAGCAAAUGUUUGAUGCUAAAAACAUGAUGGCAGCAUGUGACCCAAGGCACGGACGGUACUUGACUGUUGCUGCCAUCUUCCGAGGCCGAAUGUCCAUGAAGGAAGUGGAUGAGCAGAUGCUCAAUGUCCAGAACAAGAACAGCAGCUACUUCGUGGAGUGGAUUCCCAACAACGUUAAAACAGCUGUCUGUGACAUCCCACCGAGGAACCUCAAGAUGUCCUCCACCUUCAUUGGCAAUAGCACCGCUAUCCAGGAGUUGUUCAAGCGCAUUUCGGAUCAAUUCACUGCCAUGUUCCGUAGGAAGGCCUUCUUGCACUGGUACACAGGCGAGGGAAUGGAUGAGAUGGAGUUCACCGAGGCUGAGAGCAAUAUGAAUGACCUGGUAUCUGAGUACCAACAGUACCAGGAUGCCACUGCAGACGAGCAGGAAGAGUUUGAAGAAGAAGAAGGUGAAAAUGAUGAAGCAUAAAUUCAAAGGAAUCUUUAAGAAGCUGCAACAGCAGGUUGCCAAGCAAGUCAUUUUUCUGAAUCGGUGUUGAAUUCUGCAUAAUUUGCCAAUCUUUUAAUCCAGAUACUGUGAUAUUGACAGUACUGUGAAAAUUGGAUCUCUUUUGAAGAUUGUACGUGUGUUUGUGUGUACGCGUGUGAUUUAACAUGUUCUGUAGUUUAAAAUCAGCAUUGCCCCAUUAUGCUAAAUUAUUAAACCAAGACUUUCCAAAAAGCAUUGCCUCCUUCAUGAACUAGCCUGAAACACUUCUGAAGCUAUCUUAACUUUUUUUUUAAUGUCUAAUAGAUUUUAGAGUAUUACAUGAAUGAUUUUAAAUAUAAAUUUAACCUUUCUCAGCUUUGGUGCUGACAUUAUGGCCUUAUGCACUCUUCCAGAUUUUACAGUAAAACAACUUCCCAAAAGUGGGAUCGAUGUUGUCAACUGGAAAAAGGUCAGGGUGAGCUUUGCUCAAUACUUGUUAUAAAGAAAGACAGGGGCAUUAAAAAAAAAACUCCUGCAGAGUCUUUAAAAAUAUCAUUCACUUUUUUUACUGAGAUAAUGUGAGAAUACUAAACUGGGGCACUCAGGCUUUAGAGUAGUCAGAGUUUGUUUAUAAUGAAACUAUUUAAUAGACAUAAUUUUUCCUAGAGGUGUAGUACCAUGAACUGUUUAUUAGUGAGUAUCGCGGUCUGGUAGUGUUGCGUUGACUGAAAUGCAGAAAUGGGCCCAUGAAAGGUGAUUUUCACUUCUGUGAAUUACUCGGCCUCAGCAGGCAAACAUGGCUCUUUUUGAAUUUGGUCAUUCUCUGUAUUGCAUGCAAAUCUAACUUUGUCUUUCUGCCAUGCUAAUAAAUCAGUAAAAUGCU